AUGGCGGCCAACGGCCACAGCAGCUUGGCGAACGGCGCCUCCACCCGGGGAAAGCCCAUCAAAUGCAAAGCGGCGGUGGCGUGGGGUCCCGGCGAGCCGCUGGUGAUGGAGGAGGUGGAGGUGGCGCCGCCGGGUCGCCUGGAGGUGCGCGUGAAGGUGCUCUUCACCUCCGUCUGCCACACCGAUCUCAGUUUCUUGAAAGGAGAGAACGAGCUGCAACGCAAGUUCCCCCGCAUCCUCGGCCAUGAGGCAGCCGGAGUGGUGGAGAGCGUGGGGGAAGGGGUGGAGGACCUGGCCCCCGGCGACCAUGUGGUCCCCAUCUUCAACGGGGAGUGCGGAGCCUGCGCGUACUGCGAGUCCGACAAGACAAACCUGUGCGGGACUUACCGCGUCAACCCAUUCAAGAGCACCAUGGCUUCCGAUGGCGGCACCAGGUUCUCCGUGGUGGACCGCAGCUCUGGGGUGCGGCAGCCGGUGUACCACUUCCUCAACACCUCCACCUUCGCCGAGUACACCGUGCUUGACGCGGCCUGCGCCGUCAUGAUCAACCCCAAGGCCCCGCUGGAGAAGAUGUGCCUCCUCAGCUGCGGCAUCUCCACAGGAGUUGGGGCUGCAUGGAACACUGCAAACAUUUCCGCGGGCAACACCGUUGCAAUAUUCGGCCUUGGAACUGUUGGUCUCGCGGUUGCUGAGGGUGCCAGGCUACGCGGGGCAUCUCGGAUCAUCGGCGUUGACAUAAACCCUGAAAAGUUCACCAAAGGCAAAGAGAUGGGCGUCACUGACUUCAUCGACUCCAAGGCCUGUGACAAACCGGUGCAUGAGGUGAUCAGGGAGUUGACUGACGGAGCUGGUGUCGACUACAGCUUUGAGUGUACCGGGAUCAACGAUGUGCUGAGAGAGGCCUUCGUGUCCACGCAUGAUGGUUGGGGCCUAACGGUGGUGCUGGGGAUCCACGCGACGCCCAAGAUGGUGCCGCUACACCCGAUGGAGCUCUUCGACGGCCGUCGGAUCACCGGCUGCGUCUUUGGUGACGUCAAGGGCAAGUCUCAGCUGCCUGCCAUCGUCGACAAGUGCAUCAACGGGGACCUGAAUAUAAACUUUGAUGGGUUCAUAACACACAACAUGCCCUUCUCGGACAUCAACAAGGCCAUCCAGUUGCUGGAGGAAGGCAAAUCCCUUAGGUGCGUGCUCCAUCUCUGA